AUGAUUCGACUACGAAGCCGCCAUUCGGCUUACUACAACAUUUCUCGCAAUCGAAUGCUAUGUAGUAAUUGGAAAGUUAUAUUGCCAAUGAAAAGAAGUUGUUUAUUCUCUACAAAUGGAACGCGACCGUUUCCAAUGCAUGGUACCGAAAGUAUCAGUAAUACUAAUAAGCAUCAAGAUUCAACUGACAAUUUGAAACAGUUUCGUGUAUAUAAGGCAAGGAGCCUACCGAUUUCAGCACCAUUGCGAGACAGAACCCAAGAGUUUUUGGGAAGCUUUAUGAGUAAAGGGUUUGCAAGGGCCAAUCAGAUAAUAUUUGAUGAAGACUACCAGAAUCAGUACAUUGAUUCGUUGCACAAUAGACCAACAACAACAACAACAACAACAACAACAAUAAAAACAAAUUCUUCUUUUGUCUCCGAAGAAGAAAUCACACAAAUAGCAUCGGAUUUUUCAAGAGUUGUGGAAGCUUCUUUUGAAUUUGAGACCCAGGGGUUGAUCACAGUUAAAAGAUUAUGGGAUGCGAUAUUUUCUUCGUCUCUAAAGGACGAUUUUUUUGACAAAUUACGACGGAAGAUUCUCAUUGAUAGAGCAAAUUUGUUGCGUCUACUAUUAAAGACUGGAGAGUACAACUUUUACGAUUUGGAAGUUUUACCAGCCAUCCACAAAUUUUUCAGUCCAAGUGAGAUGACAGCUUUGGAUAAUGAGUUACAAGUAAUACAGAUGAAGAGACUAGCUGACUCAAGAAUGGUUUUUAAUGUGCAAAAUGUACAGUCAUAUUUGAUGAAUCCAAAAUUUGAAACUGCCGAUAAAAGGGCGCUUAUCAAAAAUCUUGUUUCCACAUUAUUUUGUAGUGAUAACAAGAACAACGAGUCUAUCUUGUUGUCCGUAACCUCAUUUCUCAACUUUACCGAAAUUAUUGAGUCAAAUGAGUGGUUUACAGAUAUAAACAUGACCGAAUACGAUGAGAUUUUUCGAUUAUUUGGUGUACCUCCGCAGGUUACUAUUGGGUUUGAAGAAUUUUUGGAAGACAUUGUGCUUCUUGUAGAGCGUAAAGAUAAGGUUUUGAACCCACUAGACCUAGCCUACGCAAUGAGGGCAUGUCUACAGUUUGAUGAAAACAAGAUUUACGAACUAUACAUGCAGAAUAAAGAUUUACACCAAGAAGAGUCCCAAGAAGAAGUGUUUCUCAGCUUAUGUGUACAGCAUAAUGAUUGGAGAGCGCUACAGGAAAGAUUUGAAAAUAUGUAUGGUCAUGGUAACUUGCCAGAAACAGUCCACUAUGGGAUCACAAUGUAUGCUCUAGAAUACCUCAAUGCUGAUAACGAGUUGGAAAGAUUGUAUGAACAGAUUUUGGGUCGAAACAUGAAUAUGAAUGCAGCCAUAUUUAUUGCAAGAAUGAGAGCAAGAGUAAAACACAAUGACCAGGCUGGUCUCAAUCAGUUGAUAGAUGAAUACAUUGCUUUGAUACGCAAAGAUAAAGCCGAAGCAUCUGGUCUCGCUCAAGUCUUUCCAUACAUAUUCAAGCUAUAUAUGAAGCAUCAAGAUUUCACAUCCAUUCUAAGUACACUUCACACAUACUUGGAAAUGGAGCAGAAACAUAAUCUUUUGAUAGUAUCAGGAACCCUCCUUGCAAAUUUGCUGCAGUAUUUCGCAGCAAAUUGUGCUCUAAAGGAGUUGAACGAACUUUGGAGUUUGACAACAACUGUAUUUAACAAACAGAGUCCCGAAUACUUUUAUGGUUUAAUAAGAUCGUAUUCGAUCUUGGGACAGUUUUCCAAAGCCGAAGAGAUUUCCUUUUUUGCACACCAGCAAUCCUUAGUACCAUUUUCCAACCUUCAAAUAUACGCAGCACAAAUGCAAAAUUAUCAAGAUUGGAGAAUGCUGGAUCCAACAGUGCCGGAAAUGAGGUACAUUAAUAUGAAGACAAAAUUCAUUAUGGCGAAGGCUUUGAAUAUAGAUUAUUCAAUGUUUCAGUUGCAAGCAAAAGGAAAUCAGUUGUUGGCAGCAACGAUGGAAGAGUUACAAUAUGAAGCUAAAAAAGUUGCAAGAGGAAGAGGAGCAAAUACACUAAAGAGCAUGGAGUUAAAGGCCUUUGUUUUAUCGGCAAAGGACCAGCAAGUGCACCAUAUGAACCAGGAUGAGCUUCUAUAUUUACCAAUAUUAAAGUCAUGCUUUGUUUACGAAAAUUACCAGCCCUUACGAGCGAUGAAGAUUUAUCAAAAAAUGGUUAAAAAGAAUGUUUUGCUCACAGCGGCGUCAUACAAAUACUUUAUUAGAGCAGUUCGAGUUUUUGAUAAGAAGUUUGACAUGAGCUUUAAAAAUACAACUGAACUAUUGAAGGGACUUUUUAUAUCCUAUGGCAUUUACAAAAAGAAAACCAAUCCCAAGUUAGGAUUGGAUUUUUACCAAGACUAUCUUUUAAUUAGUGACAUUGUUGUAUUGUACGUGGAUGCAGUUGGCAAAGAUGAAGGUAGGCGUACCCUAAAAAAGUUUAUAUCUACUUGUAACGAAAAAUUUGAAGGAAAAUUACCUACUGACCUCAAGUUCAAAAUAGAUGCUGCCGUACGGAUGGAAAUUGAACUAACAACAAACAAAGCGGAAUACAGGACAUUACUAGAAAGUGAUUUUGAAAAUUACACGAAUAUGUUGGAUGCUUAUAUUGAAUCCUUUGCUGCCGGGUCUAAAAUAGUAAUUGCAUCUUCGUUGAACAAGGCAAUUGGUGAUGUGAUUAUGGAAAAAGUUGAUCAUUACUCCGACUAUGGAGAAUUUGAUAGAGCUAUUCAGCAACAAGUGAUUGACACCUUGCUAAAAGGCGUUACGCUUCCAGUACAUUCCUACAAUCGUAUUCUUCGAUUUUUGUUGAAAUCUUCACCUGAAAACAUCAAGCCGGUAUUGCAAAUCCUUGAGAAGUUUGUGAUUGAGCGCAACUUGACCCAAUUGGAACUUUACAAACAAAAAAAGUUUUGUUACAAACUUUGUUUGAGAUAUCUUGGAGAAUCUUACAAGGACUCAUUGAUUGAGAAAAAUUACAAAAUUCUUUCUGAUUAUUAUGGAGUAAAAUCAUUGCAACGUGUUAGGGAAGAAUUGAAAGAGGUUGAUAUGAGCAAUUUUUUGCAAAGUUCUUCUGGAAGGCUAUUCAAUAUCAAGUUAAGCCCAUAUGCUUCGCGCAGCAUGAGUCAAAUUAAUUUUAUCGAUUAUUUCAAUCCGUUAAAGGAGAUUGUACCUGGACUUAGGUUACUUGGUAUAGAGUCCAAGCUAGUGGUGAAGCUCAUUAAUGAGCAUUUUCCUAAUCGAUCUGCGUUGGAAUCAUUAGAAAAGGAAUUUCCCAAAGUUGUAGAAUAUUACAGGUCGAACUUGAGCUAUUAUAAGAGAUUGGAGGAUUUCGAAAACACGGUUUAUUACUUGGAUUCAUCAGAAGGCACAAAGAUACGAAAAGCCAAAAAUGUUUUAACUAAACUCCUUUUGACUCAGAAUAGCGCAAGAAUAUUUAUUGCCAUGGAUGAGAACCAAAAAGGAGUAGAGGAAAUAGACAAACUCACCAAACUUACUUGA